AUGUCUCUCCGAUCUAUCUUCAUGGCUGCGGCUGCCAUUUUCGCUACUUCCAACGCUCACAUGAUCAUGAAAUCUCCUGUACCAUACAGUGUAGAUAAAAUCGACAACGCACCCAUCACCGCAUCGCAAUACCCGUGCAAGUCUAAUCUUGGCUUCACUGUCUCAACUAUGAACUCGAUGGCUGUCGGUCAAAAGCAAUCACUCACUUUCUCUGGAAGUGCUGUUCACGGGGGUGGCUCGUGCCAGCUCAGCGUCACUACAGACACCGAACCUACAAAGGAUUCCGUCUUCAAGGUCAUCAAGUCUAUCGAGGGUGGCUGCCCUGGUAUCGACGGACCCGAGGCUUUCGACUUCGAGCUUCCUGACAGCAUCCCCAACGGCAAAGCUACCUUUGCUUGGACAUGGUUCGCCAAGUUGAGUGGCGGCCCAGAGAUGUAUAUGAACUGCGCACCCAUCGAGGUUACUGGUGGUGCCAGCGACAAGUCCAAGUUCGACGCCCUUCCAGAUAUGCUCGUCGCCAACAUCGCAUCAACCACUUGCAAGCAGGAAGUCAGCAAGGACUUGAAGUUCCCCAACCCUGGUUCAAACCUCCAAAGUGGUGCAGAUGCCGGCAAUGUUGUUGACCCCAGUGGCGACUGCGGAUCUACUGGUACUACACCCUCUGAUCCUUCUGAGCCAUCUUCCCCUGCUGGUGGCCAGUCAGCUGCUCCCUCAUCUCCUGCUGGUGGAGAGCCAUCUGCAGCUCCCACUUCUGCAAACGAUGGUCAGUACCAUCCUGCUCCUACCACCCCCGCCGCGGGCCAGCCAUCUGCCGUUCCCACAUCUGUUGCUGGUGGCGAGUCAUCUGCUCUCCCGCCCAAUGGCGGGGGUGUCUUCGCUCCUGGAGCAUCUAGCGCUGCAUCUAUCGCUCCCCCAGCCGUACCCACAGUGCCAUCGACGUCCACCACACUCGUUACUGUUACCGCCUCACCCACUGCUCCCUCUCCGGUCGCACCCACCGUUCCUGCUGGAACCGGCUCUCCUGCCGCUCCUUCUAUGCCUUCAACUCCUUCAGCUGGUGGCGCGGGCACUUGCACCGAGAACGGCUCUGUGGUCUGCAACGGCGCCGAUCAAUUUGGUCUCUGCAACAACGGCGAGGUCGUCUGGCAAGCCGUCGCAGCCGGCACAACCUGUGUCAACGGCAGCAUCACAAAGCGUGGUUACAACGGACGCAUCGCUCGUCCUCGUUGGUCCAGCCGCCGCGUUGUCAACUAA